CAGCAGUCCCCUGCCCCCGUCGUCGUCCACUCUCCACGCCGCACCUCCCCCCCCCCUCCCUCUUAACCUUCUCUCCUCUCCUCGUCUCUUCCCCAUCCAUCCAACAAAGUAUAACAACGCAGGCAGUAAAGCCAGCUCAAUCACACUCUCACUGCUCUAUACACCCCGCAUACUCAUAGACUCUUUUCACAAUGUAGUAUGAGCUCACCAGCGCCCCCAGGUUAUCGACAACGGUUCCGGCAUGUGCAAGGCCGGUUUCGCCGGUGACGAUGCCCCCCGUGCCGUCUUCCCCUCGAUUGUUGGCCGUCCCCGUCACCAGGGUGUCAUGGUCGGCAUGGGCCAGAAGGACUCCUACGUCGGUGACGAGGCUCAGUCCAAGCGUGGUAUCCUUACCCUCAAGUACCCCAUUGAGCACGGUAUCGUGACCAACUGGGACGACAUGGAGAAGAUCUGGCACCACACCUUCUACAACGAGCUCCGUGUCGCCCCCGAGGAGCACCCCGUCCUCCUUACCGAGGCUCCCCUCAACCCCAAGCAGAACCGUGAGAAGAUGACCCAGAUCAUGUUCGAGACCUUCAACGCCCCCGCGUUCUACGUCUCGAUCCAGGCCGUCCUUUCGCUUUACGCUUCGGGCCGUACCACCGGUAUCGUCCUCGACUCGGGUGACGGUGUUACCCACACUGUCCCCAUCUACGAGGGUUUCUCGCUCCCCCACGCCAUCCUCCGUCUCGACCUUGCCGGCCGUGACCUUACCGACUACCUCAUCAAGAUUCUCAUGGAGCGUGGUUACCCCUUCACCACCACUGCCGAGCGUGAAAUCGUCCGUGACAUCAAGGAGAAGCUCUGCUACGUCGCCCUCGACUUCGAGCAGGAGCUCCAGACUGCCGCCCAGUCGUCGCAGCUCGAGAAGUCGUACGAGCUUCCCGACGGUCAGGUCAUCACCAUCGGCAACGAGCGCUUCCGCUGCCCUGAGGCUCUCUUCCAGCCCUCGUUCCUUGGCCUUGAGGCUGCUGGUAUCCACGAGACCACCUACAACUCGAUCAUGAAGUGUGACCUCGACAUCCGUAAGGACCUCUACGGCAACGUCGUCCUCUCCGGUGGUACCACCAUGUACAACGGUAUCGCCGACCGUAUGCAGAAGGAGAUCACCGCCCUCGCCCCCUCGUCGAUGAAGGUUAAGAUUGUUGCUCCCCCUGAGCGCAAGUACUCGGUCUGGAUCGGUGGUUCGAUUCUCGCUUCGCUCUCCACCUUCCAGCAGAUGUGGAUCUCGAAGAACGAGUACGACGAGUCUGGCCCCUCGAUCGUUCACCGAAAGUGCUUCUAAGCGCAUAAGUCUCGCUUCCGAGCAGCGCAAGCUGUUGCGUGGUGUUAGGUGGAUGAGUAACGACGGCACAGAGCCGACUUCUAUGCAAGAAAUGAUGUAUGGUUUUCUACAUUCCGAGGCUGUGCAUGAAAAGAGUUGUUGCAGA